UUGGUGGGCGAUACACAAGUAUAGUUUGCGACACAGUUUUCAAACCGAAGAAAAAAGAGAAUUCAGUCGCCUCUUUCAAUUCGCAUCAGUUGGAGUUGUUGUUCGUACAACUUAUUUACAAGAUGGGAAACAAGAUUGUUACAUUUACUGAACAGCAGUUGGACAAUUACCAGGACUGUACAUUUUUCACAAGGAAGGAGAUUUUACGUGUUCACAAGCAUUACCGUGCAAUGCGUCCUGAUUUGGUCCCGAAACAAAUGACCGAUGGUGAGGCAUCUACAGUUCGAUUGCCGAGGCAAGACAUUGAACAAUUGGACGAACUUAAGGAGAAUCCAUUUAAGCAACGGAUCUGUGAGGCAUUUUCUCGCGACGGCCUUGGUAAUUUAACAUUUGAAGAUUUUCUGGAUUUACUAUCAGUGUUCAGCGAACAGGCGCCGAGGGACAUCAAAAUAUUCUACGCUUUUAAAAUCUACGAUUUCGAUAAAGACGGAUUCAUAAAUCAAGCGGAUCUGAAAUGCGUCAUCAAAGCAUUGACCAGAAAUGAAUUAACGCCAGAGGAGCAUCAGCAAAUUGCUGAAAAAGUUAUCGAAGAAGCUGACGUGGAUGGAGAUGGUAAGUUGUCGUUUUUAGAAUUCGAGCAUGUUGUCUUACGGGCGCCAGACUUUUUAUCCACCUUCCAUAUUCGCUUGUAGAUGAAUCAAAAGCAAAAAUAAAAUGACAAAG